CGUAGACAAAAGAAAAAAAGAAGAAACCGAUCGAGCUUCGAAGGAGAGUAGGAGACAGACGGAAGAAGCAUUGGGAUUUGCUGAUUUGGCGAUUUGGGAAGAAGCCGAAGAAGAACUGAUUUGACAAUUCACGACAGACAACGGCGGACGGACCUCCAGCCUCUAAGUUUUUUUCAUCUGUCUCCUUCGAUCGAAAAUAAUUAUUCUUCAUGGUGGACGACAUUGUUCUCACGGCCUCUUCCACCGCUCUCCUCACAUGCCUCACUCAGCAGCUUAAGGGGGAGUUUGCCAUAACGGAUAUGGGGGAUCUCAAUUUCUUUCUCAGCAUUAAUGUCCAACGCACUGCUGGGGGGACUCUUUCUUCAUCAGACCCAGUUUGCACACGAGAUCCUUGAGCGGGCUGACAUGCUUCACUGCAAGCCUAUCUCCACCCCGGUCGACACCAUGGCGAAGCUGUCAGCCACGUCCGGCACACCACUUUCGGACCCCACCAUCUACAGAUCCAUUGUCGGGGCCUUACAGUAUCUGACAAUCACCCGUCCCGAUCUCACCUAUGUCGUACAGCAGCUCUGUCUUCAUCUUCAUGCCCCCCCGCAGCUCUCAUCUCACGGCUAUGAAAAGGAUCAUGCGUUACAUCCACGGCACCGCCACCCAUGGCAUCACUCUCCACCGCACCAGUACAGAUUCAUUACAGUUAGGAUUUCCUUGUACUAUUUAUACGAGGCUUAGUCCUCCGUUAUUAUUUGUAGAAAAUAAUUAUUCUUCACUUUU